CUCCUCUCCCUCAGACGCGGGAGCGUCCGGGACGCAGAGCCCGGAACUGGGAGGACGCGGCGGCGGCGGGGUCCGGCCGGGCUCUCGAAUCUCCCCGGAAGAAGAGACAUGAGUCUCUGCAAUGCUGUUUCCUGACAAGAAGUUGGUUCCAGAGAAGGAAAGGAGAUUAGCAGCGAGUGAGCCGGAUUUCCAGCAACCAGGAUUUUGUAUUUAUUGCUUUCAACUGCAGACUUCUGUUGCACACUUUUAAACCAGAGGUGUCGGAACCCACACAAGCCAAAAGGAUUUCUUUCUCCUGUGUUUUUUGAGAUCAACGAAACUGCAAUGUCUAGGAAACAAAGCCAGAAGGAUUCAUCUGGAUUAAUUUUUGAUUUACAGUCCAACACCGUCUUGGCUCAGGGAGGAGCUUUUGAGAACAUGAAAGAGAAGGUAAAUGCAGUGCGUGCGGUUGUUCCAAAUAAGAGCAACAAUGAAAUCAUACUGGUUUUGCAGCACUUUGAUAAUUGUGUGGACAAAACAGUACAAGCAUUCAUGGAAGGUAGUGCCACUGAAGUGCUGAAGGAAUGGACAGUGACAGGCAAGAAAAAGAACAAAAAGAAGAAAAGUAAACCAAAACCUUCAGCAGAAGGCAGUAAGAGCAUGCCAGAUUCCAGCAAGUCUGCUUCCACCCGGGAGGAGCCGUCUGUGAACGGCUACCAGGUCAACGGGGCCAUCCAUGACACCGAGUCUGCAGACUCACUCAGCGAGGGUCUGGAGACGCUUUCACUAGAUGCCAGAGAGCUGGAAGAUCCCGAGUCGGCCAUGUCAGACACACUGGAUAGAGCAGGAUCCAUGCUGCAGAAUGGUGUCUCUGAUUUUGAGUGCAAGUCUUUGAAUACACACUCCACUCAGGGUUCCCAGCAAGUCAGGAAUGCUGCCAGAGGGCCCUCGAGAUCUACCAGCGGACCUCAGUUUUCAAAUCUGGGAGCGGAAGAUGUUCCAGUCUCCUCCAACAAUAAAAAGCUAGGUUCCAAUAUUGAAAAAUCGGUGAAAGACCUCCAGCGUUGCACAGUGUCUCUUGCACGGUAUCGAGUUGUAGUUAAAGAAGAGAUGGAUGCUUCCAUUAAAAAAAUGAAGCAAGCUUUUGCUGAGUUGCAAAGCUGUUUAAUGGAUCGGGAAGUGGCAUUGCUUGCUGAAAUGGACAAAGUGAAAGCUGAAGCAAUGGAAAUUGUGCUCAGUCGACAAAAGAAAGCAGAGCUCCUGAAGAAGAUGACUGAUGUGGCUGUUCGGAUGUCAGAAGAGCAACUGGUUGAGCUCAGAGCUGAUAUCAAGCACUUUGUUAGUGAACGCAAAUACGACGAGGAUCUGGGGCGAGUAGCUCGCUUCACCUGUGACGUGGAGAGCCUGAAGAAGAGCAUUGAUUCAUUCGGACAAGUAUCUCACCCCAAGAACAGCUAUUCGACCAGACCCCGGUGCAGCUCACUGACACUCACAUCCUUGAGUGACGCUUCUGUUGCUGCUGCUUCCACCUGUGCCUCUGAUCCUGGCCUUACAGGUGCUCACAAGAAAAACCCUGUGCCAGAAGAGCCUCCCGCAGCCACAGCAAGCUCCAGCGGCCGCCCCUGCCCGCCCCAUCGGGAGGUACUACCAGGGACUAGGCGAGGAGCACAAGGCUACAGACCAGCAGGCCCGAAGUCCAGCGAGCCAGCCAGCCAAGGGCGACAUGACAGUGCAGGGCGCCACAGAAAUAGCUCGUGGUAUUCAUCUGGCUCCAGGUUCCAGAAUGUUCCUCCCCAGACACCAGGAAGCACUGGCGAGCAGGGCCUGGUUCACUCUGCAGGGAACAGCGUGGAGCCUGGCACGCCCAAGCCGCCAUUCAAAAAGGGGCUUCCUCAGCGCAAACCCAGGACCUCUCAGCCCGAAGCCAUGAACUCCUGAGGGAGCUGCAGCUGGCUCGCUCUCCUCUCCGUGCAGUUCAGCUAAUAACUGGACUUUAGAAAAUUUACAGUUAGAUUUAAUAACAAAAGAAGUUUAUGCAUAUCUACUUUUUUUGUGCCAUUCUAAGUAUUUUUGGUUUCUUCUCUCCUUGUUUCUUCUUUGCCAUUUUUGGAGGGGAAGCUGUUUUUCCUUUGACCUUUCCCAAUGCUAUGGAUUGAUUCCAGUUGAUAUUCCCACCAGGAAUCCAGGGCAGCUGUUAACUAGAUUUCCCAAGGUGAGCAGCAUCCUUCCCGGUGUACCAGGUCUUCCAGGCAUCCAGAGAGGCCUUACUCGCAGCCCCCCGAGUGAGCCCGCCCCAGGGUGCAGUCAGAGCUCAUCCUGUUGCCUCGGCCACCUGAGCAGAGGCCGCAGGUGCCCAGCUGGCUUCCUGCAAACGGCACUCUGAGCAGGGGAGGCAGUGAGGGGGUGGGAGCCAGCACCGGGUUAGCCAGAAAAGGGAACCACGUGGUUGGUGAGCAGGAGACGUGUGAGAAUCUGCCUCUGUGUCAGAAUGUGCCUGAGGGCUGAGAGUCGGGGUGUCAGGCUCCUGCAGUUCCCUCAAGAAGCCCAAAGCCUUGUUUCCUGUACCUUAGACUGCAUCCCAGUCUAUGGGAAAGUAGCAUUUCAUUAAACUUUAAAAGAAGUAUUUCUCUGUUUCAAUGUUCAGAGACGUGUUUGUUUUCCCCAUUUUCUGAAUCCUGUUCUGAUCCUGAACCAAAUUUAUAGCAAUAUGAUUCAUCUAAAUCUGUCACCCAUCAAAAAAUUGCUGCAAUCAGUCUUUAUAGUUGAAUAAAUAAAAACAG